CCCAGCCCCGGUCCUGACGCGGCGUCGCGCCCCCCCGGGAGCUGCGUGAAGCCAAGCAGGCGCGCCGGCUCUCCUCAGCCGCGACUGGCAUUGCGGGGCUGGCUGGGGCGCGCCCGAAGCGGGGAGAAGCGCGGCGAGGCGCCGGCCCCAAAGAUGUCGCUGCCUCCGGAGAAAGCCUCGGAGCUGAAGCAGCUCAUCCACCAGCAGCUGAGCAAGAUGGAUGUCCAUGGCAGAAUAAGGGAAAUCCUCGCUGAGACAAUAAGGGAAGAAUUGGCACCAGAUCAACAACAGUUAUCAACAGAAGAUUUGAUCAAAGCCCUUAGACGUCGGGGAAUCAUUGAUGAUGUGAUGAAAGAACUUAAUUUUGUUACUGACAGUGUUGAUCAAGAACUACCUUCCUCUCCAAAACAACCUGUUUGUUUUACUGAUAGACAAUCAACGUUGUUAAAAAAAACUAAUAUUGAUCCAACACGGAGGUAUCUUUACCUUCAGGUUUUGGGUGGAAAAGCUUUCUUGGAACAUCUACAAGAACCUGAGCCUUUACCAGGACAAGUUUGUUCAACCUUUACUUUAUGUUUACAUUUUCGAAACCAACGUUUUCGUUCUAAACCUGUUCCAUGUGCCUGUGAACCAGAUUUUCAUGAUGGCUUUUUACUUGAAGUACACCGAGAAAGCUUAGGUGAUGGAACUAGAAUGGCUGACUCAACAACAAUGUUAUCAAUAAGCGAUCCAGUUCAUAUGGUGCUAAUCAAAACAGACAUAUUUGGUGAGACUACAUUGGUAGCAUCCUAUUUUCUCGAAUGGCGAUCAGUUUUGGGUUCAGAAAAUGGAAUGACCAGUCUCACUGUGGAACUUAUGGGUGUAGGCACAGAAUCAAAAGUUUCUGUGGGAAUUUUAAAUAUAAAACUUGAGAUGUACCCACCACUCAAUCAAACAUUAUCUCAAGAAGUAGUGAACACACAGCUUGCUUUGGAACGUCAGAAAACUGCAGAGAAAGAACGAUUAUUUCUUGUAUAUGCAAAGCAGUGGUGGAGAGAAUAUUUGCAAAUUCGACCCUCGCACAACUCACGGCUGGUUAAGAUUUUUGCACAGGAUGAAAAUGGGGUAAAUAGACCAGUUUGUUCCUAUAUUAAGCCACUUCGAGCUGGGAGGCUUUUGGAUACUCCAAGACAAGCAGCAAGAUUUGUUAAUGUCCUUGGUUAUGAAAGAGCCCCUGUUAUUGGAGGAGGAGGUAAACAGGAACAGUGGUGCACUCUGCUGGCCUUUCUCUGUAGAAACAAGGGUGACUGUGAAGAUCAUGCUAACCUUCUGUGCAGCCUUCUUCUUGGAUAUGGAUUAGAAGCCUUUGUCUGUGUUGGGACUAAGGCAAAAGGAGUACCUCAUGCGUGGGUGAUGACCUGUGGAACUGAUGGAACUAUCACUUUUUGGGAGAGUUUAACAGGACACAGGUACAUCCACAAACCUGCCAAUCCUGAUGAAUCUCCAAUUGCUGAACAGCCCAAACCAUUGUACCCAUAUCGAACAAUUGGUUGUGUUUUCAAUCAUCAGAUGUUCCUGGGAAAUUGUCAGCCCUCUGACUCAGUAGAAAUCUGUGUAUUUGAUUUGAAUGAUGAAUCCAAAUGGAAACCCAUGAGUGAAGAAGCAAUCAAAUCUGUGUGUGCUCCAGGAGCUACAACGUCCCUUCCUCCCUUUCCCCCUCUAUGUGCGUCCACAAUUGAUGCUUCAGUAACAAGUAAUGAAAUAGAAAUGCAGCUAAGGCUGCUAGUGUCAGAACACAGGAAGGAUCUUGGUCUCACUACUGUUUGGGAAGAUCAGCUUUCCUAUCUUUUAUCACCAGCUUUGGCUUCUUAUGAAUUUGAGCGUACAACAAGUAUAUCUGCAGGCAAUGAAGAAUUUCAAGAUGCCAUAAGGAGGGCUGUCCCUGAUGGUCACACUUUUAAAGGGUUCCCAAUACAUUUUGUAUAUAGAAAUGCAAGGCGUGCAUUUGCCACAUGUCUUCGGUCUCCUUUCUGUGAAGAGAUUAUCUGUUGCCGUGGAGACCAGGUGCGACUGGCAGUCCGUGUCCGAGUGUUUACUUACCCUGAAUCUGCAUGUGCUGUUUGGAUCAUGUUUGCUUGUAAAUAUCGCUCGGUAUUAUAGGACUAACAUUUCUAUAAGAAUAUACCUGUGUUUUAUUGGAAUUUUACACAUUGUACAUUACUAGCUGUUUAGAGGUUGUUAUUUUAAGAAUCAUAUUCUGGCUUGGAUGUCAUGUUUCACUUUUGUAUAUACCUGACUGAUAAUGUUUGAAAAAAAUCAUGUGUGUAUUUAAAAAUUAAGGAUAACAAACUUGUGUAAAUCUGAGUGGAAUUUAGUAUAAAUUAAGUGUAUACUUUAUUUUAAUAAAUGCUACUUUGUUUACAGGUAUUCAGUAGUUUAAAUAUGAAUAUAAAAUUUAUUCCAUUUUCUUUAUAUUAACAGGUAAUCAGAGAUAUUUAUUUGUCCAAGGGUUUGAGCCAUAGUAAAAUCAAUAUCAUUAUUUUUCAUAGAUUAAUGGGAUUAUUUUAUAUAAUUAGAAAUUAACCUCACAACAGAUUUAUUUAUUAAAUAAGUGAGAAUACAUUUUGAUGAAUUAUCACUUCUGUGGUUUACCCAUGGCCAUGGGAUAUUUGUGACUUUCCAGGGAUUUAUGGGAAGACUUUGAUGCAAGAGUAGGAAAACAAAUAGCAGAAAAGCAUAAAUAUUAAUAACAAAACAAACCUCACAUAAAAGUACAUAAAUAAUUUAUAAAUAUGUUAGUUUGCUCCAUUAUAAAAUGAGUAUUAUUUUUAUUUUUAAAAUGUUUAAAUCUUUUUUAUUUGAGAGAGAGAGAGCACACAUAAACAGGGG